ACAUCUCUCGGUCACACGUACACUUCACUUCUUCACACAGUUAUCUCAUUUGGUUAUGACCUAUGAGACAACACAAAAUCAAAUAAACAGAAAAUUUUGAUUUUGUUCUACAAUGGCAUUGAGCUCUAGCUCUUAUUUUUCUUCAUCUUCUUGUUCAAUUUCAACUCAAUUCAGAAAAAACCCUACAAAUUUUGCUUCAGUUAGUCCCCGUAAUGCCUUGUUUGGGUUAACAUCAUCGUCGAAUUCAGAUGAUCUGCCGAAACCCUCACUUUCCGUUUCAGCGGAUUCGUCUUCUGCACCAAAAGCUCGAUUCGUUGCUCGCCGAACGGAAUCCAUUUCUGUUCGUCCACUCGAACGCCCUCUACUGGAGUAUAUGAGCCUUCCUGCAAGCCAAUACUCUGUUCUUGAUGCUCAAAGGAUUGAGAGGAUUGAUGACAACACUUUCAGGUGUUAUGUAUACACAUUCAAGUUCUUUGCUUUUGAGGUUUGCCCUGUUUUGUUGGUUCGAGUUGAAGAACAACCUAAUGGCUGUUCUAUUAACCUCGUGUCUUGCAAGCUUGAGGGGUCGCCAAUUGUGGUUGCACAAAAUAAUAAAUUUGAUGCUUCUAUGGUGAAUAGAAUAUCAUGUGAUAGGAACCAGAGCAAUUCAUCCAUGCAAGAACUCAAAUCAGACACUGUUAUUGAGGUUAGCAUUGAGAUUCCAUUUCCUUUCCAAGCAAUCCCAGCUCAAACCAUUGAAUCAAGUGGCACUCAAGUCCUCGAGCAGAUCCUGAAGAUCAUGCUACCCCGGUUCAUGGCACAGUUGGUGAAAGACUAUGAAGCGUGGGCUUCUGGUGAUGCGUCGAGGCAGCCUCUUGGAACCGGUGGGAUCUGAUAUUAAGGUGACAGCUCUCUAAUGCUGCUCCCAACUCCAUUCUGGCAGUCUUCACUUGAUAAUCCUGUUUUUAAUUUGGUAAUUAAUUGCUGUACGAUAGACAAUGAGUAUUUUGUUGUUUGAAAUGAAAUGUAUCUUUCAGGUGCCAUUCUGUUAUUGGCAUAUCCGUGGCCCAUGGAAAGGAUAGUAUUCAUUUGAUCAUUAUAUUGGGUUGGGUAGUUUGUGGUUGU